CGUGCUCUGUAUGUUGUACUAGUGUAGUAGGUGAGAGCCAGCAUUGAAAGUGGCAGACUUCCGAAUAUCAUAACUUUUGUACGGCAGUUCGCCGACGUCUGUUGAGUCGGUUUAAAUGUUAUUAAUAUAAGAGUGUAGAAUGUGGUUUUCAAGUGAUAUUUCGAGCAUGAAGCUCGUAUUUUUCUCUUUCUUUAUGUUUCAAGUAUUAUACAGCCCUGUGGACAGCGGUGCAGUUUCGCUUACGCAGGGUAACAUCGACAUGACGUUAGCAUCCAAUGAAUUAGUCUUUAUAAACUUCUAUGCGGAAUGGUGCCGCUUCAGCAGUUUGUUGGCUCCAAUAUUUGAUGAAGCAGCAGACAAAGUAGCUGCAGAAUUUCCCGAGGCAGGGAAAGUUGUGAUGGGAAAAGUAGAUUGCGAUGCUGAAUCUUCCGUUGCUUCGAGGUUUCACAUCUCAAAAUAUCCCACUUUAAAAGUAAUAAGAAAUGGGCAACCGACUAAAAGAGAAUACAGGGGUCAGCGUUCUACGGAAGCGUUUGUACAGUUUGUUAGAAAGCAACUGGAAGAUCCAAUUAAAGAAUUCUUCCAACUCAAAGAAUUAACUGAGCUUGAUGAUAAAAAACGAAUGAUCAUUGGGUACUUUGACCGAAAAGAUGUACCAGAAUACCAAAUGUUUCGUAGAGUGGCUACCAACCUUAAAGAUGAUUGCCAGUUUCAUGUGGGUUUUGGCCCUUGCCACAAUCAAAGCUGUGAAUUUGGACAGCUUUUUAAUUUGGUCGAAGCGAGUCAAGCUAUGCACCCGCCGGGUCAACCGAUUAUAGUUUUUCGAUCUGACAAAGCAUUGUCUAACGACGAAGACGAAACUUACACGGGAAGCAUGAAAACUUUCGAUGAGCUAAACAUAUGGGCUCAAGAAAAAUGCGUGCCGCUAGUCAGAGAAAUUACAUUUGAAAAUGCGGAGGAGCUCACUGAGGAGGGUCUGCCGUUCCUCAUACUCUUCCACAAGCCUGACGACACGGAGAGUGUCAAAGCUUAUAAAGAUAUUGUUCUUGGAUCCCUUAUAGAAGAGAAACAAAGCAUCAAUUUCCUGACUGCCGAUGGCUUAAAGUUCGCGCACCCGUUACAUCAUUUGGGGAAGAGUACCUCCGAUCUUCCGCUGAUAGCGAUAGAUAGUUUUAGACACAUGUAUUUAUUCCCAAAUUUUCAAGAUAUAUUCGUACCUGGUAAAUUAAAGAGCUUCCUGCAGGAUCUGUACUCAGGAAAAUUGCAUCGUGAGUUCCACUAUGGGCCUGAUCAAUCCGAACAAGAAGAUAACCAAAUAAGUGGUCAAGUCAAAGUACCGACCAUGCCUCCAGAAUCGACAUUUAAAAAAUUAGCACCGAGCAAAAACAGAUACACCCUACUAAGGGACGAAUUAUAAACAUUUAUUCAAAAAAUAAAAUGCCUAAAUUUAUUAAUAAGGAGAAACUGGCUGUACGGUCGUCCGUCGUUUUAUCGAUCCUGGGACGAAUGGUUGGUAGCUUAAUUAGAAAACAAAUUAAUUAUCGGUUUUUGUGUUUCCACUUUUUGAAACCCGAAUCAAUUGGAAAAUACCAAAGCCGACUUUUGUUACUUACGAGUCUUGGGUUCGCAAUGUAGCAACGCAUUGUAUUCUAUAGCCAUUCCCCUGAUCGGUAUAUGGACGACGUGGACGUGAAUGAUAUUGUUUUUGUCAAUCAACGUGUCGGCCCUUGCACAAAAAAAAAAAAAGAAAAAAAAAAAACUUGACAUUAACAAAUAUAUUGUAUCUUGUAUAAAUGCAUACAUAAAUUAUUCAUUACCUUAGAAAUAAUCUCCUUAGGCCUGAAUAAAUAGUAGCGCGUAAAACGAGCCUUUUAUUUUUACUCGAUGAAUGAUGAUGAGAGAGAAAUUAAUUAAUAAGAUGUUUUCCCCGUAAAAAGAAAAAAAAAAAAACAAAGUGUAAGAAUUGCUGACAACGAAUCUCAGCAAGAAAAUGUGAAUCAAUGUUGAAAACCCUUUUACCUGUAGGAAACCUGAUGAGCAUAACUAUAUUACGGAUUUAGUAAAAUCUGUUACGUGUAAAUUAAAAAUUAAUUGUAAGGUAUCGGAAAAUUUUGGAAGAAUUUAAAAAUACAAUUGGUGAGUAUAGCCCAAAUCUAGUUCAUAAUGAAUUUACAAUUAGAUCGAGAUUUAGCCACAUGGGUAUUUUAAAAUGGUAUAUCUAUGUAUAUACGUGAAUGAAUAAUCAAAGAAAUUUUCAUCAAUUGAAAUAAGAUAAUUUUUACAACGUGCGAUCGUGAAAAGCUUCCGAUGUAUUUACAAUUUAUAAAACAUGUACAUGUGGAAUAAUUUGUGAAAAAUUGUAGUAACAGAGAAACGAACCGUUCGAUGCAUGUCAUUUUUUGUUUUCUUAAGCUGAUUUUUAACAGAUAAUCUUUUUUCUAAUUGGAGCGUUUGGUCGAUUGAUUCUCGAGCAUGACCAUUCCAUUUGUAGAAAGGUGGGUCGAUGAAACGUUGAAUUUUUAAAUAUACUAAAAACUAAACCUUGAGUAAUUGAAAUAAACAAAAAAAUGAACAAGAAUAAGCGAAUAAGUUAAAACCAAUGAUAUUUCUGUGACUCGUUUGUACGAAUGGUGGUAAUUAUUUUGAUGUUAAAUAAACGAUUCUUCUAAGUCAA